UUUUAUUUUUUAUAUCAUCAUCUAAAAAAAACAAGAUAACUCUCUCUCUCUCUCUCUAGCUAAGGAGAGGAAGAAAAAGAAGAAGCUGGACAAAGGCCGCCUUGACUCUCUGCGUCUUCUCUCUCUCUCUCUGUAUAUAUAUCUUCGUCUUUUCCGGAUUUUAGCUGUCGUCCCAGAAGAUGCUUAUUAAUUUUUUCCUCAUAAUUAUUUGUUCUCUGCAUCCCUGAAGCUGUAGCUACCUAGCAAAAGAGCUAGCAGAGAAGAAAACCAAAGCCAGAUGACUUCGUCAAUCCUUCCGCCUUCCUCAAAUGCUACCACCGCAGCCACAGGCGCAGCCCCACCACCUCAAAAGAAAAGGAGAAAUCAACCAGGAAAUCCAAAUCCAGAUGCGGAGGUUAUAGCACUAUCUCCCAAGACGCUAAUGGCAACAAACAGGUUCAUAUGUGAGGUGUGCAACAAAGGGUUCCAAAGGGAGCAAAACCUACAGCUCCACAGAAGAGGACACAACCUGCCUUGGAAGCUCAAGCAGAAGACUAACAAAGAACCUAGACGCAAGGUCUAUCUAUGUCCGGAGCCAUCAUGCGUUCACCAUGACCCCUCUCGAGCUCUCGGAGACCUCACCGGCAUAAAAAAGCACUACUCUAGAAAGCACGGCGAGAAGAAGUGGAAGUGCGACAAGUGCUCCAAGAGGUAUGCUGUUCAAUCGGAUUGGAAGGCUCAUUCUAAAACGUGCGGAACUAGGGAAUAUAGAUGCGACUGUGGCACUCUCUUCUCAAGGCGGGACAGCUUUAUCACUCAUAGGGCUUUCUGUGAUGCACUGGCUCAGGAGAGUGCAAGGCAUCCUUCAAGCUUAAGCACAAUGGGCGGUAGCCUCUAUGGAAACAACCACAUGAGCUUAGGUCCAUCCCAAAUCCCCUCACUCCAAAACUCAACCCACCUCCCUAACAACAUGUUGAGGUUAGGUAGUAGCGGCAGCGCAAAGUUUGAGCACCUCAUCCCGCCAUCAAAUCCGUCUUCGUUUGGAUCACAAGCCAUGCCUAAUUCCCCCAAUUUCUUCAUGAGAGACAUUGCUAACCAGCAAGGGUUUCAAGACCAGCACCAAUUUCCAAGCAAGGUAUUACAUGGACUAAUGCAACUUCCUGAUCUCCAGAGCAACCCUAACAACAACAACAGCUCACCCUCAUCAAAUAGCGCUGCGAAUCUCUUUAACCUGAGCUUCUUUUCUAACAAUGGUACCAGUAGCAGCAUUACUCCUCCUGAUCAUCAGUUUAGUGAUGGUAAUGGCGGUGGCCAAGGGUUUAGCAUGGGUAAUGACCAUCAAAUUGGGUCGGGUUCUCUACCGUCUCUCUAUGGGAAUUCGAUGCAACACGAAGGUGGCAUGGCUCCGCACAUGUCUGCCACUGCAUUGCUUCAGAAAGCUGCUCAAAUGGGUUCGACUACAAGCACCGAAAGCUCGUCUUUGCUUAGGGGAUUAGGUAAUUCGUCAACAAGAGCAGCUAAAUCCGUAAGGCAACUAGUGUCGGCGCCCUCGAGCGUUGGAGUCAGUUUUAGUGGUGAUCAUCAUCACAGUACUAAUGGGGGUGAACAACACCACUUGAGAUCAUCACAGCAGGUGGAAAAUGAAAACCAUCUUCAUGGAUUAAUGAACUCUCUUGCAAAUGGCAACUCCUCGAUUUUCGGAGGCGGGGGACUGGAUCAUAACAACUUUGGCGGGUUUAGUAGCGGCACUACUGCUACUAGAGUUAGUGCAAUGGAUCAACAGCAUAAUAACCCUAAUUAUGAUGAGGCUAAGUUGCACCAAAAUUUGAGUGUAAAUUUUGGAGGGUCUGAUAAACUGACCUUGGAUUUUCUUGGUGUUGGAGGCAUGGUAAGAAACAUGAAUGGUGGCCAUGGAUACUCACAGAGAGAUCAUCAACAACAACAACAUCAUGGCAUCAAUAUGAUCAACUCCUUGGACCCAGAGUUGAAGUCAACGCAGGCAAGUCAACUCUUUGGAGGCACUACACUACAGUGAGCCUGCUAGAUCGAGGAACUAAAAUUACAUUCAUGGUAUAGUAGGUGAGAGAGUCGAUCCUUUUAAUAUGUACGAAAAAAAAAAGAAACGGUAUCGAUUAAUUACCAACUCUAGUUGUCUUGACCCCCAAGCAUUAAGGUUUCUUGAGUUUUAUUUCUAUAUGUGCAUGCCUUAAGGACCACACUAAUGGAUGUCGAGUACUUUCAUCGGUACUAUAUUAUGUAUAAUGUGGUACCUUAAUUACUUGCUUAUAUAUUUGGCGAUAAAGGAAUCCUAAAUUAAUAUUGAUCCUC